AGUGUGUUCGGAGAGGAUGUUGACGACUAUCGUCCCGAAAGGUGGAUCGAACGUGGUGCCAAAUUCAUGAAUAGCCACAUGUAUCAGCAGUUCGGCGGAGGCAGCCAUCUCUGUAUUGGGCGAAUCCUCGCAUUGUUUGAGAUGAAAAAAGCGCUGAUUCAGAUCCUGAGGGCAUUCGAUAUCAAGCUUGUACAUCCACGGAGACCUCUGACAUACCACAGCACAUUCUUCAUCGUCCAGCAAUGCCUUGAAGCCUAUGUGAGUAGACGG